AUGUGUAAUCCCAAAUCAAAUCAUUUACCGCAUCAGUUCUAUUUACCGGCGCCGAAAAUUGCAGCAACCAAAUAUUCAAUUAAGGAUGGUGAUGAUUCAUUUAGCAGCUACGGUGAAAAUAAUCAUGAUCGUCUACUGAACAAAGGCAAUUUGGCUACGUUUAUAUUACGGAUAAAAGAUAUAGGUUUGACUAAAUCAACCACAACUAUGAAUGGAAUUUCAUCGGCUUUCGCUUCUUCAUCAUCCUCAUCUACUUUAUCAUUGUCAUCGUUUGGAUCUGUAUUAUCAAAUAAUAACAAUAAUGAUUUAAUAUUAACUUCUGGAUCAGCAUUCCCAUCAAAUCCUGGAAUUGUACGUAGUCAUGAUUAUUUAUCAGUUGAUGCUCGUAAACCUAAUGUUUAUGAUGGUUCACUUAGCAAUAUAACAAUAAUUCGUUUUUGUUUAAUCAAUAAUUCCACAUUGAAAACAAUCGCCACAAGGACAAAAACAAAAUUACCAGAAGUAGAAAUGAUCAAUUCAUCAUCAUCAUUAUCUUCUCCUUAUUCUUCGAUCUCCUCUGGAUCCUUUCCAUUGAAUUCAAUAGAUUAUAAUAAAUUAUAUGCACCAGAUGAAUCAUAUUUAGUUGGGCAAAUUUAUGACUCAAUCAGUAAUGUAUACGGUUUACGGUUUACAUCAAAUUGGAAUUUAUUAGAUCCAUAUAUUAUUCAUGGAAAAGGCAUAGUGUUAGAAUAUAUUGAACCAAUGGAUCCAGCCCUAGAUGAAAUCAAUCCAUCACAAUCAUCCUCGUCGUUUUCGUCAACAGGUAAUAGAUCAUCACUUAAUAAUAACAAUAUUCCUAAUUCAUGGUGGUUACAACAUGGAAAGCUCAUAUAA